AUGUCUACCCCUCGAACCUCGUUACGACAGGGCCUACGCCAGGCGCCGAAAGUCAACCAACCCUUUAUCCCCGACACCACCCCUGCUCGUCGCUCACACCUCAAUCAUAACUUCGAAUCACCACAGCCAACAGUAGCCCUUCCUGUGAACCUGAACCCGGCUGCCAACCCACAAAGUGCGCAUUUCGCCGUCGAUAGCUGGGAUGGAAAAAACCAGGCUCAGCUCCCAAUGUCGACACGAGAGGUAGCCACGCCAGGAAACCGGCCUUCCCUUUAUGCCAAUCUUCGUGACCGAAAAGGAGCUAGGCAGCCUGACUAUUAUGACACCUAUUUCCCUCUCAAUUACCUUGAGGUCCCCAGGAGUGAGUCGACCCACCCAUUGCCUGGAAUCGAGCAUGGCGCUUAUUUGGACAUUCCAGCGGAUCAUAUCUAUAAGCGUGCCCAUUACGGUUUGCAAUCCGACAUACCUGACGAAGUUGACUUUGCGCUAUACCACCUGGUGCAGAUUUCCAAUCAAAGAUGGGAUAAGUUCAAGUUCGAGGGCUUCCCCUUGCUUGCAGAAACUCUCAUGCAAAAGGCGUUAGAUAUCACUUUGCUCUGCACGGGGGUAAAAUGGGAGUUUGAGCACGAUCCUCGAGAAUCGAACAAUCGCGUCAAUGUGCUGAACUCAUUGCACGGAACCAGGGACAUUCUUGAUAAACUCCAGAAACUCCCGACCACUCUACCGAAUGACACGCUUGAAACCUACGAGUUCAAUCAUCAGCUUCGAAAUAUCAAAGAGGCCACUUUGGUUUUGAGAAACAUGGUGUUAUUGAAGGAAAACGCAUUUUACGUAUCGCGCUACGCUAGGGGCUUGCUGCGAGACUUCCUGGUCAUUUUGAUCAAUACGCCGAAUCAGCCUCGCCUGAACGAGAUCAAGAAUGACGCGCUUGAUAUUGCGGAAGAGGUCACCAAAUUCCUGAAGACCGACCCUGAAGACCCCCUGUGGAUUUCCUUGGUCAAGUGCCUGGACUCGUCAGAUCGCGCCCACGUAGUGAGAGCACUCUGGGCUCUCACACACUUCGCGACUGAGUUGGACGAUGCGGAGGGAAACCGGGCCAUGGACAGCUUGGCCAAACCAACUCUACAACAGUUGUACUACCACACACUCCUGGAUCUCGACAAAGAUAUUCUGAGUGGUACACUGGAUUUCUGGUACCAAUACACUCUUAGCCGCGAGAACAUCGAAACACUGAUGGACGUCAUCAAUUUCCCCAUCGUUUUUGUUCCGCGCAUGAUCGCGCUUCUGACCUACGAGGCUCGGCCUACCAAGCAAGAGACCGUUCUUCAGGAGGAAAAGGUGGCACCGGCACCCUCUGAAAUCCCCCGCGUGCCCCCAGAGCUCUUGAAAGAACUGAUGGAGCUAUCGGAACCAGAACGCAGCUCCCAGUGGCUCCGCUGCUGCUUCGUCGAGGAUGCCGACUGCGAAAUCACACAGAUAGCCCUGUGGCAGGCUUAUCAGAGUCGCUUCGCGGAUCCUCGUAUCCCGGGAGGUGGUGUUCUUCCCGCUGCAGAAUUCAUCAAGAACGUCAGCAACACUUUCACCAAUGCCCAAGCGCAGGUCAUCAAUGGCCCAGGCACAACCACCAAGUUCAUCAUCAAAGGCAUCCGGCCCUUAGUGGCAGCAUGUACUUUUGCAGGCUUCCCCUAUCUCUACUGCCGAUGGGCGGACAAUUCCAAGCCGUCAAAGAUGUGCCAACGCGCAUUCACCUCUCCCACGGAUCUCCGAAGCCACGUCUUUGGAGAACACAUGAACCUUGAGCCGACCGAGACCCCAGGCCAAUACAAACUGGACACUGCAGAGUCCCCCAUUCAUGCUUGCCAGUGGGACAACUGCACGCGGUUCCGCGCGUCCGGACCCAGCGCCAACACGGCCAUGGUGGCUGGCCAUGUCUCGUCCCAUCUACCCGAAGACCGCCCCGCCGAUGCAACGCCUCCCAGCUCCAAACGCGCUGUUCUCCAAGAACGCAUUGUCCGCAAGUGGUAUUACAUGGACACGCCGAUCAACGAGAAGGGUGAGCCAUUUGGUGUGGCCUACAAGGCUGCCCUGGUGCUGCGCAAUAUCGCUCGAGGGCUUCCGAACCGGACUGCCUCAAACUACGGCGGUCUGCCCUGGAAGAAGGCCUGCUUCAUCAGCCAACGGCCCAAGAUCGCAGAGGUCUGGGACCGCAAUCGCGCGCUACGCAAGGAGCUCACCGAGCUGAUGAUGGUAGUUGAGAAAGAGGUCGACUACUAA